AGUCUGCAAGAAAGCAAAACAUGGCCAUGGCCAGAAGCACGGUGCUCAUCAUCUUCGCCUUGUUCUGCUGCUACGCCUCCACCACAGCCUCGUCGUCCGACGACGGCUUCCUCAAAUGCCUUUCGGCGAGCAUCCCCAGCCAGCUCGUGUUCACGCGGAGCUCGCCGUCGUUCACGCCGCUGCUCAAGUCCUCCAUCCGGAACCCCAAGUUCUUCACGCCCGCCACGGUGCGCCCGCUCUACAUCGUCACGCCCACGAACGCCUCCCACGUGCAGGCCGCCGUGGCCUGCGGCCGCCGGAGCGGGGUGCGCAUCCGCGUGCGCAGCGGCGGCCACGACUACGAGGGCCUGUCGUACCGGGCCGUGCGCAACGAGACGUUCGCGGUGCUCGACCUGUCCAGCCUCCGCGCCGUGCGCGUCGACGCGCGGGCGUCCACCGCGUGGGUGGACUCCGGCGCGACGCUCGGCGAGCUCUACUACGCCGUCGGGAAGGCGAGCGGGCUGCUGGGGUUCCCCGCCGGCCUGUGCCCGACCGUCGGCGUGGGGGGCCACUUCAGCGGCGGCGGCUUCGGCAUGCUGCUGCGCAAGUACGGCAUGGCCAUCGACAACGUCAUCGACGCCGUGCUGGUGGACGCCAGGGGGAGGCUACUGAGCAAGAACACCAUGGGCAGCGACGUGUUCUGGGCCAUCCGGGGCGGCGGCGGCGAGAGCUUCGGCGUCGUGCUGUCGUGGCAGGUGCGCCUCGUGCCCGUCCCGCCGACGGUCACGGUGUUCAACGUCCCGGUGACCGCCAGCCAGGGCGCCGUGGACGUCGUGACGAGGUGGCAGCAGGUCGCGCCGGCGCUGCCGGACGACCUGAUGAUCAGGGUCGUCGUCCAGCAGCAGACGGCCAACUUCCAGUCCCUGUUCCUCGGCACGUGCGACGCGCUCCUGCCGGUGAUGAGAAGCCGCUUCCCGGAGCUGAGGUUCAACCGCAGCUACUGCAGGGAGAUGACCUGGAUCCAGUCCGUGCCCUACAUCUACCUCGGCAGCGGCUCCACCGUGGAGGACCUCCUCAACCGGACCACCUCGGCGUCCGUCUUCGCCAGCGGGUACAAGGCGACGUCGGACUACGUCCGUCGAGCCAUCCCCCGCGACGCGUGGGCCACCAUCUUCGCCAAGCUGUCGCAGCCCAACGCGGGGCUCAUGAUCCUGGACCCCUACGGCGCGGCGAUCGGCGCCGUGCCGGAGUCAGCGACGCCGUAUCCGCACCGUGCCGGCGUGCUGUACAACAUCCAGUACAUGAACUUCUGGUCCAUGGCCGCUGGGGACGGGGCGGUGCAGACCAAGUGGAUCAGGGACUUCUACGCGUUCAUGGCGCCGUACGUGAGCUCCAGCCCGAGGGAGGCCUACUUCAACUACAGGGACCUUGACCUCGGCGAGAACGUCAUUGUGGGCAACGUCAGCAGCUACCAGGCCGGCAUGGUCUGGGGCCAGAAGUACUUCAAGGACAACUACAAGAGGCUCGCGAUGGCGAAGGGUGAGAUCGACCCUGAAGACUACUUCAGGAACGAGCAGAGCAUCCCGCCUCUUGCGAAGAACAAGUGAUGAUUCAAAAUGGCGCGGCCACCAUGGUUAAAAGUUAAAACGAAUUUAGUUUGCGUGCUGGCCGCUUUCUUAUGCGUACUACAUGCAUGGUAGCUGCACAUUCAAUUGUAUAUCUCUACAUGUAUUUGUAUCUUGAGAAAGUUUCAUAAAAGUACACAAUGUGAAAGUGCAUUUAAUUUCC